AUGUAAAACAAAGAAGUUUAGAAGCUAAGCAAAGAGGAAAUCAAAGAUUUUUUGCAAAGUAAAUAAAGUUAAAUAACUUCUAACUAAAUUUAGCAAUCUAUAAACUUUCUAUCAUAAUAUGGCUACCAUGUAGUUUAAUUGAUAGAUUCUGGAAGUUUUGGUAUUGUUAUGAAAGCUAUUGAUUCUUCGAAUAGCAAAAGAUAUGUAGCAAUAAAGCUUAUCAUAGUAACAAAUACUGAAAUUUUAAAAGAAAACAUUUAAGAAUAUUAGAAAUGCCUUUUAAUUAAUCAUCCCAACGUCAUCAAAAAUUAUUAGUAGCUUUAUGAUGAAGAGAAUGAAUGCUUUUUUAUCAUUACAGAGUUUUGUUAAAAAGGUAAUCUGUUUAACUUUUUUAAACAAAACAAUAUUAAAAAAGAAGAAAUUGUUGAAAUUUGUGCUUAAAUUAUUGAAGGUGUUUUAGCUAUUCAUGAUAAAAAUAUUAUACACAGCGACUUAAAGCCUUAAAAUAUUCUUAUCAAUGAUGAUGAUAAAAUAAAAAUAUGUGAUUUAGGAAUGUCUAAAUAACUUUUAGGAUCAAAAUCUCACACCAUUUCCAAAGGUGGAAGUUUGGAUUAUAUGUCACCAGAAUAAAUUGAAGGUAAGAUUAGUAAAUAAUCUGACAUAUAUUCAGUUGGAUGUAUUAUUUGCUUUCUUUGUAAUGUUAACAUAUUUGGUUUGAAUAUGGUUAAUAUAAAGAAAGGGAUAUUUCCUCCUAUAUAGGAAAAUUGCUUUAAAGAGUUAGUUAAUUUAGCUUUUAAAAUGAUGAGUGUAGAGCCUAAAAAUAGAAUUUAGCUUCAAGAUUCUUUAGAUUAGUUGAAAUAGUUUUAGAAGAUUAACUCACACAAUCAAAAAGGAGAAAUUGUUGUAAAAUAGUUUUAAAAUGGUGAUAGAUACGAAGGUGAAGUGAAAGAUGGAAAGAUGAAUGGAAAAGGGAUCUACUACUAUAAAGAAGAUAAUAUAAGAAAGAAGUAUGAAGGAUAGUGGGUUAAUGAUAAAAAGGAUGGCUUUGGUAUUUUGGAAUAUAAAAGUGGGAAUAAGUAUGAAGGAUACUUCAAAAACGAUUGUUUUAAUGGAAAGGGAAUUUACUACUAUUAUAAAGAAGGUGAUAAUAAAAUGAAGUAUGAAGGAUAGUGGGUUAAUAAUCAAAAAGAUGGCUUUGGUAUUUUGGAAUAUAAAAGUGGGAAUAAGUAUGAAGGAUAAUUCAAAAAUGAUGAUUUUAAUGGAAAGGGAAUCUACUACUAUAAACAAGGCGACAAUAUAAAGAAGUAUGAAGGAUAGUGGGCUAGUAAUUAAAAAGAUGGCUUUGGAAUUAUGGAAUAUAAAAAUGGGAAUAGGUAUGAAGGGUAGUUUAAAAAUGGUGAAUUUAAUGGAAAGGGAAUCUUCUACUAUAAAGAAGAUGAUAUUAAAAAGAGCUAUGAUGGAUUAUGGGUUAAUGAUAAAUAGGAAGGCUUUGGAAUUUUAGAGUAUAAAAAUGGUACUAAAUAUGAAGGAAACUUCAAGAAUGGGAAAAAGAAUGGAAAAGGAAUCUAAUUAGAUUAAAAUGGUUAAAAACUUAAUGGUGAGUGGAUUGAUGAUAAAUUUUAAACUAAUUGA